UUCCAAAGCACCUCAAUUUCCGCGCUAUCAUUUAUUUAUUCAUUUAUCUUUUUUGCAUGCGCACGCUAAAUGUCGGACCCAUUCUCGAGCAUUCGUCGUAAGCCUGUGGCUGCUGCGACAUAUGGCCGAAAGGCUAUGGCCGCGCGUCGAAUUGUUAUGUCGCAUACAUCCCCUGCCAACAAUACCAGAGCGCUGCUUCCUGUUCCGUCAAUAUCAUCGCCCGCCCGAAACGCGGACGAUGACAGUGACACAAGCAGCGAUUUGACUGGAGAUAGUGAUGGUGGCGUAUUUGCUGGCAACAAGGGCUUUACAAGCGCGCUGGUCAGGGACAAGCCCGAUACGGAGGCAGCUCGGGCUGGACCAGCAGCCGGGAACCUGUGGACUCACAGGACUGCACAGUCAGCAAUGACAAAAUUGGAAUUUCUGUAUGAGAGCACCAAGGCUGCAGAUGCCGGCAAUCCGCCGCCGUCCACGUCGCACGCACUACUUGAAUCAGCUAAAGACAGCUGGGACAUAGUUGACAUUGGUGAGAGUCGCGUUGGUGGUAGCGAUGGCGUGGGUCCGGCAGCUGACACUAACAGGAGAGAAGCAAAGCCUGUUCAGCAAACCAGGCGGAUAUUACGCGACAACACUGAUAUUAUUGUGACUGGAAAAUCCGCUUCCAGGGCCGCUUCGGCAUCUACCAAGAGGACAGCACGGCAAACAGCGUUUAAGGUUGCGCUCGAGUCAGCGCCGAGGGCGGAAAGGUCAAACUUUAAACUGACAAAGACUCUACCGAUUUUGAACAGCAAACUAACAACGGCUACUGCGCCUGAAAAAGCUGACAUCAUCGCAGGAAGCAGAGCUGCGCCGUUGUCAAAAGCAAACCCCAAUACUGCGCCGCUGAAGCGCGUGCGAAGCAUUAAUACGAUUGGUUCCACUAAGCAGCGAGGGAGUCGUAGCAACGGCACUAGCUCUUGUUUGUCUGGCAGUGCAGCGAGAGAGUCUGCAAUUUUAGCUGGCGACGAUGAUAACGGUGUGUGGGAUAUGCAUGAGUCUGUGUUAAGCACCAUUGCUUUGUCUCAGCCCAGGGACUCUGUCCGAAGGUCUAGUCGCACCAAGACCACAGCAGUGCCACCGAGCAGUCGCGAGGAAUCGAUCGAAAGCACCAGUGACAGCGACAAUGAAACCAACAUUGCAGGCAUAAACACAUCUCUGGUCUGCACGCCCAAAGCUCAGGUGGGGGCCCAGCAUCAACUUUAUUCAACCCAAGGACCAUCUUCGGCAACUUUGAAGCGGCUCCAAGACCGUGCCCUUGGACGAAACGUAGUGUUCACAUAUGGCCGCCCUCGUGAUGGCGAUUCUGAUGAUGAGCUUGACAACAUUUUUAGUCGAAGGCUGGGUUUGCCGACGACAUCAGGAGUGGUUUCGCAGCCACUUCUUGACUUUGCUGGCCCAAUGAGCAGUAAUGACAUUGAUAUGUCCGAGGACUUGCACGCGAGGGCAGGCGGUUAUGCAGCCUCCAAGCGGUCUAGAAUAGCUGCAGCUACGAGUGGCCACCUGCUUGAUCUUGUCGAUCCUUCCGGUGUUGGCGGCAGCGGCGGAUGUAGUUUGUAUUCGGCAGAAGGAUUUAAACGGCAGCUAGGGGACAUCAUCAAGGGUCUCUCUGCCAGCUCGAGCGAUGAGUCGUUAGAUGCCGCAUGCCAGCUGCUAGUGGACGGUCUCGACCAGACAUCGUUUUGCGAGGAGCUGUUAAGCAACAGGCAAUGGCUGCCAAUGCUGCUCCAGGCACUACACAGGGCACGUGGCAGCGGUUUGGCGCUGUCGGCCACUAUGAUCGUGGUUGCGACUGCCUUCAGCACCCCUACAACUAUGCAGACGCUGGUUUUCGAGCGCCAGGUGCUGGAGACUGUCGCAGAGGUCCUAAAGCUGACUGUGGACUCGGAUAUCCUAUCGCUUCGUCGUCGCAGUGACUUUGACAGCCUUGAGCAAUAUGCUUGCAUUUCGCAAAUGUGUCGGCUGUCCCGCGAGCGCGAGCUACUGGGCAAAUCGCUAACAUUGUCUACAUACAACCUCGCGCUGAGUGCCCUUCACAGAUUUACUCGCAACGACGACGCGGCGUUUCUCGCGAUGGCCGGUUUGCUGCGCAGCGAGGUGCGGGAGUCAGGUUGCCUGGGACUGGUUAUCGAGCGCGUGCUGUCCAAGAGCAUUCCUGGAUUUAUCCAGAUGCAUGGUCAGGCGUCUAAGACCGCGAAAACGCACUCAGCAUUCGAUGACAUAUGCACAUCCCGCGCGUUCCCUGGCAGCAAGCGCGUGCUGUUGUUUGGCAGUUGUAGUGCAGAUUCUGCUGCCAGUGGCAUUAAGGGCGGUGAGGCCGACGACCUGUGGAUGGACUUUGAUUUGCCGGAGGAGUCUAAGGACCUUUCAAAUAUGCCUGUUGCGGUGCCCCCCAGACGUGCACGCAGCAGCAAAGAAGCAGCAACAACAACAACAACAGCAUCAACUGGUCGGCAGACACACACCGUAAACAGUCAGUUAGUGGGCAGCUUUCGCACUGGCGGCGGCACGAGACACGCGCUGCAAGAGGAACCGGACGGGGCCAUUCCAACGUAUGCGUCUAUUGCUGUUGAAUUGGAGUUUCUGCGGUUUUGCACAACAGCCUCGGAUGAAAACCAGGACGAGAUGCUCGGCAUCGACACAUGUGUGCCCAUCCUGCUGUCUCUGCUGACCGUCUGCCAGCAAUCGAGCGCACGGCUGCAAGGUGCACGUCUGAUUCGCGCUUUGGAAACAGCGGCGCUGACACUCCAGUUGCUUGUCAACAUAUCUAACAGCAGCACUGUGUUCUGUGCGCGGUUUAUCGCUGAGCAGGGCUUGGAUGUGGUCUCCAAGAGUAUUGCGCUGGUUUCUCAGAAAAUCAGCAGCCCUGACGUGAUGCUGUCUGCACACCAACAGAAAACAUGUGAUUUUUCGCCUAGACGCAAGGCUUUGCUCGAUGAAGCUGGUGACCUGCGUUAUGAUAUUUUGUUGAUCACCAGCGCUAUGCUGACAAACCUUGUUGAGUCAGAUCCCUCUACAGCGCUGUACUUUGGUCACGUUCUCCAGAGUCCCCAAUGUGCCCUCAGUGACCGGUGCUUCCCCGAGUGUACCUGCGCGGACAGAAAGCCGCUGACCAUUCUGUUGACCCAGGCAUUCCUUGCGUGUCAUUCUUCUGCUAGCAAUAGUGCUGAUGCGGCAAUUGCUGCGGGAUAUAUUUCGGUGCUUUUGGGAUUUUUGAUGCGUGAGAGGACUGCUGAUGGUCGGGAGUUGAUCCUUAAGCAGUUGCCUGGCCGAAACACGUCGCUGGUUGUUUCGCAUAUACAGCAGUUUAUCCGCGUUUCUGAUUCUGUCAACCAGCGAUUUGGUGGUCUCAUUGGUGGGCUGGCUAUGGCGGCGCGAAACUAUUCGCAGCAGCACACGAUGAUUGAUGAUAACGUGGGAGACAGUGGUGGCAAUAAUAGCAUGAAAUUGAGCGCGGCGGCUGCUUUGAGGCGAGGCGGAACGUCAACAAAUAAAUCUGCAAUGGCAACUUCGCUGCAAUCUAUCAUCGACAGUCUUUGCAAAAUGUAAAAUAUAUAAACCUUGGUUUCGUUUA